AAACCAAACCAAAAACCAAAACCCCUUCAACUGAUCUAUACAUACAUAUUUUAAAAACCAAGGACUCAACUAAAUGUCUGGUGUUUGGGUGUUCAAAAAUGGUGUCAUCCGACUCAUUGAGAAUCCACAAGCAGAGUCUGCAGAUGGAAGGCAUGAAAGUGCUUCGUCCCGAAGGUCAAAGGUUUUGGUGCACUUGCCUACAGGAGAGGUGAUAUCGUCAUAUUCGUCCUUGGAGCAGAUCUUGAGAGGUUUAGGGUGGGAAAGGUACCAUGGAGGGGACCCUAAUCUCUUCCAAUUCCACAAGCACUCUUCUAUUGAUCUUAUCUCACUCCCAAAAGACUUCUCCAAGUUCAACUCUGUUUACAUGUAUGAUGUUGUCCUUAAGAAUCCAAAUGUUUUCCACGUUCGGGAUAUGUGAGCAACUCCUAUAUAGCUUCCUUCAUAUGUUAUAUAUAUGCUUUCCUUUUCUCUUAUGUAUCACUUUAAUUAGUUUCUUCUUAAUUUAUAGUGUAUAUAGUAAUUGUAUGGAUUGAUGUUGUUAAUUAGAGUUUAAUUGUAAGCUAGGUCUUCUAUAUGUAAAGAAAUAUAUGUAUGUUAGUACAAGGUUGUAUAACAAUAAAUGUUUUUGUAAGUU